CAAUCAUAUACUAAUACUACUACCAUACAAUCAUCUCUCUCUCAAUCUCUCUGAGCAUCACAAAUAAUCUGCAGAGAUGAAGAAGGUGUGCGUAACAGGGGCCUCAGGCUACGUUGCUUCUUGGCUAGUCAAACUCCUGCUCCGCCGCGGCUACACUGUCAAUGCAUCUGUUCGUGAUACCAAUAAUCCAAAGAAGACUCAACACCUGCUCGAACUUGAUGGGGCAAAGGAGAGACUUAAUUUGAUUAAAGCAGAUCUUCUGGAAGAAGGUUCAUUUGAUGCUGUAGUUGACGGAUGCGAUGGUGUUUUUCAUACUGCAUCCCCAUUUUUCAUUGGAACCAAUGAUCCACAGGCAGAUUUGAUUGAUCCUGCAUUAAAAGGGACACUCAAUGUGCUUGGAUCAUGUGCAAGGACACCAUCCAUCAAAAGGAUUGUUUUAACAUCUUCAAUAGCUGCAGUGUUUGCCAAUGGAAAACCUCGAACACCUGAAGUUGUAGUUGAUGAGACUUGGUGGUCUGACCCAGACUUUUGCAAAAAGACGCAGCAAUGGUAUAUGCUUUCAAAGACAUUGGCCGAAGAUGCUGCAUGGAAAUUUGUGAAAGAGAAAGGUAUCGACAUGGUUGCAAUUAACCCUUCCAUGGUAAUCGGUCCGCUCCUGCAGCCAACUCUCAACACAAGUUCUGCUUCAAUUUCGAACUUGAUAAAUGGUGCGGAAACAUAUCAAAAUGCCGUAGUUGGAUGGGUAGAUGUACGAGAUGUUGCCAAUGCGCACAUUUUGGCUUUCGAGAACCCUGCAGCUAAUGGAAGAUACUGCACAGUGGGAAGAGUUGCACACUACUCAGAAUUGGUGAAGAUAUUACAUGAACUCUAUCCUACUUUGCAUCUUCCUGAAAAGUGUGCGGAUGACAAGCCUUUGAUGCCUACAUAUCAGGUUUCGAAGGAAAGAGCAAAAAGCCUAGGCGUUGAGUUCACUCCUCUCGAAGAAACCCUCAAGCUAACCGUUGAAAGCUUGAAGGAGAAGGGCUUCUUUAAACCUACUUAAAAAUGUGCACUUGUUAAAAAGAGGGCGACAUCGAUUUAUAAACAUUGACAAUUAUGCUUAUCUACAAUCUACACUGCCGUAAUUGUGUGAUGAAUUUAAACUGCUAAUAGUGAAGUCGUAGUCUCAUCUCAUGUAUCUACAAAUGUUUUACUCUUUCUUUAUUUAUGGAGUGGCUAGUGAAUUUAUGUA